CCCACCCACUCCCUUUUUGCGUAGUAAAAUUCUCAAUUUAUGUAUUGAUUCACCAAAAAUGUCUGGCAUACAAUCAAGUUACACAACAUGAGGAAUAUAAUGACAAUAAAGUAAUGGAUAGUGCCAGCGAACCUGCAACCUAAGAUUAUUCGUCACCCACAGGGUUGAAUUUCAAUAUAAACGGCGUACAAUAAAAAUAUUCAUUACAGACAUAUGUUGAAAUUCAGUCUUCUGACGUAAAUGUUGACAUAGCUACCCAACAUGAACUAGGUCAAACAAACAUUUAAACAGGCGAUAACACAUGACUAGUGCAUACAGGCCGACGCGCCGCACAGGUAUUUAAUCACGGGACUAGACGGAAGGUCGAAAGAACAGGGAGGCCAUGUUGGAUUUUCAGUAAACUGUUUGUGUGAUCCCAGCGUCAGAAAUGCAUCCCCGGCGCAGUGCUCAGGAAGUCCUACUGUGUGACCUCUGUGAGACUGUCCCCCUACAGAGUCGUUGUGAAGUUUGUAAUAUAAAUCUAUGCAAAGCCUGUGUUGGGGAGCACCUCUCGGACUCCUCUAAACAACACCAUGUUAUGCCCUAUUUACAAAGAAAGUCUACUCCGAACUACCCGAAAUGUCCGAAACACGCCAAUGAACUAUGUAAACAUCACUGUGAGGAAUGUGACAUUCCUGUCUGUAUUACCUGCGUCUCCUCCGGUAAACACAAAGGUCACAAGUUAUCAGAAUUUCUGGAUAAACUCAACUCCAAAACACAAAGUUUGCAAAAAGAUUUAGAGGAACUCGAGACCCGAAUUUAUCCCCGAUAUGAAAAAAUGGCGUCCGAUGUCCAAACUGAAAAAGCCGAAAUAGAAACGAAUUACGGGAAACUAACCACAGCUGCCGAGCAAGAAGGUGAAAUCUUACACCGGGAGAUCACCGCCAUUGUCAACCAGCGGAAAUCUGCCAUUCAGGAGAUGAAAAACAAACACCUAUCUACCCUGAACAAAAAUACAGAAGAAAUCACACAGAAAAUGGCGGAACUCAAACAGAUCAUUUCCGACUUGAAAUCAAUCCUAAAAUCAAAUGACGUCUCCUUAACUUCUACUUACAAAUCUAGGAAUUCCGAAUUUAGAACAUUACCGCCUAAAGUUCGAGCUACAUUGCCGAGUUUUACUUCUCAGAAAAUAAACAAAGAUCAGCUCAAUGAAAUGUUUGGUUGUCUGUCGCCAUUAUCCAUUAACACAGAACAUGGCGACACAAUGAAGUCAGCAGAAGCUGUAUCGUCACCUCCAGUCAAACCACUGCUUGAUGAGCCGCGAGUCACCGCCACCAUAGACACUGGGUAUGACUUUCUACCCAGUGUUAGCUGUCUGAGUGAAGAUCAAGUCUGGACACGCGGGAAUAACAAAACCAUGAAGCUGUUCAACCUCCAGAGUAAACUACUGACAUCAAUACAAACCAAGUCAGGGUACAGACCAUCAGACAUAGCAGUGACACGGGACGGAUAUCUUGUUUAUACUGACACUAGUAAUAACACCGUGAACUUAAUUAAGAAUAAAAAGAUACAGACCGUGAUCAGACUACAGGGGUGGAGACCUCUCUCUGUCUGCUGUACCGCGGGUAAUGAUCUCCUGGUUACCAUGGAGAGUGAUGGUUGGAAACAAUCCAAAGUCGUGCGUUACUCCGGCUCCACAGAGACACAAAGCAUUCAGUUUGAUGAUCAGGGUCGUCCUCUCUACUCAUCUGAUUCCAUUAAAUACCUCAGUGAGAACAAGAACCUGGAUAUCUGUGUGGCUGACUGUGACGCUAGUGCAGUAGUGGUGGUCAAUCAGUCAGGAAAACUCCGAUUUAGAUACACUGGUCAUCCCUCUAAUACCAAGCAAUCAUUUGAUCCACGCGGCAUCACUACAGAUAGCCAGAGUCACAUCCUGACAGCAGACUUUAACAAUCACCGUAUCCACAUCCUAGAUCAGGACGGACAGUUCCUCCGUUACAUUCACUGUGAUUUAGACACUCCAUGGGGUUUAUGUGUGGACAUCAGAGACAACCUCUUUGUGGCUGAGCAUGACACUGCUAAAGUGAAGAAAAUCCAAUAUCUAUAAACACAGUGUUAAUUACACAUCUCUACACAGUGUUAAUUACACAGUUCUACAGUGUUAAUUACACCUACCAACACAGUGUUAAUUACACAGUUCUACAGUGUUAAUUACAUCUAUCAAAACGGUGUUAAUUACAUAUUUCUGCAGUGCUAUUUACAUCAUUGUGUUGAUUACAGUUCCUUGUUAAUUACAGCCCUGUGUUAAUUACAGCCCUGUGUCUGUGAUGUGUAAUGUACUUGUGUUUGUGAGUUUAACUGAUAGAACAUUAGUCUCUCACUGCUGUUUACCAAUUAUAUCUUAUCUGUAUUAUUAUGUUUAGUGGAACAGUAUUAAUAUUAGUACAUGCCUAACUAGUUUGACUUUCUUACUUAUUAUCUAUAAACACUCUUUUGAGGACUAAUUUGACUGUGUUACUACUUAUCUAUAAACACUCUUUUGUGGACUAAUUUGACUGUGUUACUAGUUAUCUAUAUACAAUCUUUUGUGGACUAAUUUGACUGUGUUACUAGUUAUCUAUCUAUAUAUACAAUCUUUUGUGGACUAAUUUGACUGUGUUACUAGUUAUCUAUAUACAAUAUUUCGUGGACUAAUUUGACUGUGUUACUAGUUAUCUAUAUACAACCUUUUGUGGACUAAUUUGACUGUGUUACUAGUUAUCUAUAUACAAUCUUUGGAGGACUAAUUUGACUGUGUUACUAGUUAUCUAUAUACAAUCUUUUGUGGACUAAUUUGACUGUGUUACUAGUUAUCUAUCUAUAUAUACAAUCUUUUGUGGACUAAUUUGACUGUGUUACUAGUUAUCUAUAUACAAUAUUUCGUGGACUAAUUUGACUGUGUUACUAGUGAUCUCUAUGCAAUCUUUUGUGGACUAAUUUGACUGUGUUACUAGUUAUCUAUAUAUACAAUCUUUUGUGGACUAAUUUGACUGUGUUACUAGUUAUCUAUAUACAAUGUUUUGUGGACUAAUUUGACUGUGUUACUAGUUAUCUAUAUACAAUGUUUUGUGGACUAAUUUGACUGUGUUACUAGUUAUCUAUAUACAACCUUUUGUGGACUAAUUUGACUGUGUUACUAGUUAUCUAUAUACAAUCUUUGGAGGACUAAUUUGACUGUGUUACUAGUUAUCUAUAUACAAUCUUUGGAGGACUAAUUUGACUGUGUUACUAGUUAUCUAUAUAUACAAUCUUUUGUGGACUAAUUUGACUGUGUUACUAGUUAUCUAUAUACAAUGUUUUGUGGACUAAUUUGACUGUGUUACUAGGUAUUUAUAUACAAUAUUUUGUGGACUAAUUUGACUGUGUUACUAGUUAUCUAUAUACAAUAUCUUGUGGACUAAUUUGACUGUGUUACUAUUCAUCUAUCUCUAUACAAUCUUUUGUGGACUGAUUUGACUGUGUUAGUAGUUAAUUUUUAUAUACAAUGUUUUGUGGACUAAUUUGACUGUGUUACUAGUACUUGAAUAUUAUUUGGUUUGUUUAUCUUAUAUUUCAAUAUACAUAUAUAUUUUCAAUGUGUAUAUUAUAGAUAAACAUGAUUUAGAG